AUGUCACAACAACAAAAAGAUGAAGGAUUUAUUAAUCCAAAUCCCGUUGUUUAUAGUAAAGAUGAAUCAGAGAACAAUAGUAGUUUGUAUAAUGAGAGAUUCACAGAGGAUGAAGAGACACCCGAUGAUUUCGAUGUCUAUGAGAUCUUUGAUUUGGUUAGAGAUAUAAACGAUCCAGAACACCCGCUGACAUUGGAGCAAUUGAAUGUAGUGAGACACGAGAACAUAAAGAUCGACAUCAGCAACAAUAUCAUUCGAUUAUAUUUCACACCGACCGUACCACACUGUUCAAUGGCAAACAUCAUCGGACUUUCCAUCAAAGAGAAACUCUCUAGAAGUUUACCACAACGUUUCAAAGUAGAUGUAAAAGUUACUCCGGGAAGUCAUUCAUCUGAACAAUCUGUAAAUAAACAACUAAAUGAUAAAGAAAGAGUUUCUGCAGCUUUAGAUUCAAGUUCAUCAAUUUUAAAUGUUAGUAUGCACAAUGUAAUUACUCGUAUGUUUAAAUGUUAA